GUUAAGAUGGUUUGUGAAAUUUUGUAAUUAACAGUUUUCGAAAAUAUGCUUCUUAAUGAGUAAUUAAUGCUUUAUUUUUUCAUUUAUAGUGAUAUAUAAAAUUAAUAACGCAUUCUUGAAAAGAAUUUGAGCUCUGAAUUUCCUUUCCGAAUUUUUUAACAUGCUGUGUGGGUACAUCAUCAUAUGGCAUGGCUGACGCUGGAGGAUGUGGCGGAAAGAGCGGAGGCAUGUAAAAUUCAAAAGCUCGUUGCUCCAGUCUAGCAACUGGAACCCCUGAGUGAAUGGGUUAAGUCUAUUGCAAGAAGUUGUGGCUGGCAAAGAGAGAAGCUCGGAUGAGCAGGAUAGGAAUGCGAGAUUCCGAUGGCGAAGGGCAAUCCAGAGAUGGUAAUGCCAAUCAUCAUCAGACUCCUUUCGGAUUUGAGAAUUUUGAGGUGAUAGGACAACGGCGAAGGUCACGCAGAGGCCAGCUACAAAAACACGAAGAGGACGAAGAGAAACCUGAAGUUCCUAAAGCAUUCUCGUGUGUGCAGCCAGGGUGCCCUAGGACUUUUUCCUCAAGGUUUAAGCUAGUUAGGCAUAUACUCAUUCACUCAGGGGAGCGACGUUUCCAAUGUACGAGUUGUGGUCGUCGUUUCCACAGAAAAGAUCACUUGAAGAAUCAUUUACAAGUCCAUAACCCAAAUAAAAUAUUACAUUCUUGUGAAUUAUGUCAGAAAACAUAUUGUUCUUUGCUCUCAUAUCGAAAGCACUUAGCUCUUCAUGCAGCCGAAGCAGGCGAUUUAGUAUGCAAACUGUGUGGGAAAAUGUUAGAAGAUCGUGACGGAAUUAUGCAUCAUCUUAAAGUUCAUACUGGUUCAAGGACUCUGCGAGGUCCAAGUGAGAGAAGAUUUCCUUGCGAUCGCUGCGAUAGAUCUUUUUUUACAAAAAAGGAUGUGAAGCGUCAUCUUGUAGUUCACACUGGUAAGCGUGAUUUUGUUUGUCAGUUCUGCCCACAGCGGUUUGGCCGUAAAGAUCAUCUCGUCCGUCAUACGAAAAAGAGUCAUAUUGUAAACAAUAGCCCUCCUUCCAAUAAUGAACCAGUGCGUAAGUAUGAGCCACCUCAUCCGUUACCAUCUGUCGAAAAUCACAAAAGUGGUUCACUUAUCGUAUCAUCAUCUUCACUUCCUGAUAUAUCUGGACUUGUGAUAUCUUCUACCCCAGUUUCACCGAUGAUGGAUGGUUCAGCCAUGGAACCACCAGUAAAACCAGAUGCAUCAUAUAGUGUUCCCCCACCUUCUAAUUUAGUGCAGACCAAUUAUAAUUUAAAUUCUUUGCCUAAUGAAAAUGGUCAGAAUUUAGGAAGGUAUCCAGAGUCUUCUCUUUUACCAGUAUCUCAGUAUCUUCCAAUGUCUCCAUCAUAUCCAGGUGUGUCUCCCAUAAUGCCACAUCAUUAUCUUAAUAUGCCUACUACGGGUAAUAUAUUGUCAGAUCUUUUGCCUCCUAUGUCAAUGGCACCAUCUUUUCCUACUUCUUUGACACUUGAUGUCAAUAAUCCACCUUUGCCACAUUUCAAUCAAGCAUUUCAAUAAUUUCGUAGGCAGUGAUUUGAAUAUUAUUCAUUUGUUUAGUUCUAGGAAAAAUUUACACAUUUAAAUUGUUGUAGAUGUGAUCUCUGAAAAUUUUUCUGUGUAAAUUUUUACAUGUUUCAAGAUCUGAUAAAAUGGUGCUCAUUGUAAGUUUAUUUAUAUGUGAAUACAAUACAUAUCCUUAUUUAUAAUUUUAAUAUGUAGUACAUCUCAAGGAACUAAACCAAAGUUUAACUAGAUCUCUGUUAGUGAAAGACUUUUUAAGUCUGAUCAUAAAGGUUUAUUAUUAGUAAUUAACUUAAUUAUAUAUGAAUAAUUAAAUAGUAAGAUGUUUAAAAAUUUUCAUAGCUAUAUGUUCCCUUGUUAUGUUUGAUCAAAUUAUUGUCUGAAUGAAUUGUUCAUAUAUAUAGCUAAUUUUUAUUUCAUGAAGAACAAGGAAGAAUACCUAUAAACUGGAUUUUUAUUGUGGUUAUACAAAUUUGAUGUACUCAUAGCAGUUCUUUAAUAGUAUCAAAUAAUUUUAGUGCGAUUAUUACAAUUAUAUUAUAUAUAUAUAUAUAUAUAUAGUAUUUUAUUUACUUUUACAUGAAUUACUUUCUUCAACCAUGCCAACAUCUCCUCAGCAUUUAUUAGUAGAUACUACUGAUUAAUGUUGCUAAGUAAGACAGCAAGUUGAGUUUAUUGAAUUAAGUAAACAUUUACAUUAUUCUACAAAAUAUUCUUAUGUGUUGGAAAACAUGUAUUUAAAAGUGAAUAUAAUUUGCUAUGUGCUGAGUUAAUCAUACUUCACACUUCAUGAAUAAUUGCAGGGGGUGAGACCAUAAAUUAUUAAAGUAAUAUUUCAAACAAGUAUUGAAUUAUCACACUAAAGUUUGUUACUAAACCACCACUAAGAAAAAAGAACCAAAUCCAAAACCUGCCUUUUUUGGAGAAAAGCACUUUAAAGAUUUUUAAAUAGAUAUUUUUUAAAAAACAAAAAUUGAAGUAAUUACUGCAUAUAAUACUUUGACAUAUAUGUUAAAAAUUAACAGAUCACAGUCAUAUCAUACUCAAAAUUUUUAAAUUACAGAUGAAUAAAUGUUGGGACAUCAUAAUAGCAUGUUAAUUUUAAAGCUUCAUUUAGCGUACUAAUGCUAGACUUAAUAAAAUUCUCACAAAUAUUGUUUGAUUUGUGUUUUCAUUUUAAAUGAUGUAGAUUGCUAAAAAAUACUUACAAAUAUACAGACCAUUUUUCAGUUUUUGACACUUGUUUCCUUUCUUUAAACUAGUAAUUCAGUCAACUCUGUUCUUGUUGUCUUUCUUUAAAAUGCAUUGGAGGUAAUGUAUUUUGAAUAUAUCCAUUCAAAUCUUUAAUACCUUGCCUGUUAAACAUAUAUGCAUAUGAGUAAUGUUUUAUGUCUGUAAUUUUAACUUCCCUCCCCCCUUUUAUAUACAAAGAGUUUGUUCUGUUUAUUUUAAUUUUUAUUAUUAUGUGUCUUACAUCCUCAGGUACUAUAUUUUUGUUUGUGAUUGUUAUUUGAUUUUGCUACAAGCACUGCCAUAUAGUUAUUUAACUGCUGUGAUAAAUGCUGAAUUAGGAAAAGCAUUUCUGCUACAAAUAAGAGUCGUUUAAAAAUCUAAUAGAUUUUUUGCAUCUUAUAUUGUAGCUGUUACAGUAUUCAUAACUAGCUCAUUUUGGUACGAAUGUACAUUCUGAAAUAUUGUAAUUGUGUCAGAAUAUGAAGGAUCUUUGCCAUACUAAUUAAUGUAAUAUAGUACUCAAGAAAAACGUGAUAUGACUAGUGGCAGAUACACAGGUAUAUAGUAAGGGCAAUAAUAAUAUUCUUCAAAUUUAAUAAAUUUUCACCUGCAUAUGCAUUUAAGUAAAAUUUUUUUAAUUUAUGAAGUUAUAAACUGCAAUCUGAUAUUUAAGAAAUAUAAAUUGAGGAAUUAUUUUUAUAUAUAAAAAUCAAACUUUUUUAGCAUUAAACUAAUUUUGCAAAUUAAAAAAAAAAAAUUUAAUACUGUCACUUUAAAAAAAAAAAAAAAAAAAAAAAAAAAAAUUCAGCCUUCAUCAAUAUUCUAGGUUUGCUCUUGUGUAUCUACUUAAUACUUGUACCUGAUUAAUAAGAUUCAACUUUACAAAACUGAGAGAAUCUUCCUGUACCUGAUUAAAAAGGUUCUUAUAUAACUGAUCUUCCUUCAUAAUUUGGCAAGUUAAUGUAGAAGUUUGUUGUGUAAUAAUGCAUUUUAUACCAUAACUCGCUGUGUUCAACUUUUUAUUGUAUUUUGUAUGUGUAUUUUGUUCACUUAAUAUAGAAAUUAUUAAAUUAGCUGGAUAAAAAAAUACUUUAAUGCAUAUAUAAAUGAAAAGUGUGAUAAAUUAAUCCCUGUUGUGAUCCUUUUUAAUAUUAGAUAUAUAAUAAAAUAAAAAUUUUGCUGGCUGCUGGAAUAAACUGUCAAAUAGUGACCAAGGUAAGAGAUUGAGAAAGUUUUGUUGAAGAUACUUUAUGGUUCAAGUGAUUGUUUUCUGACAAUGAGUGAUGAGUUAAAAACCUGAAGUGGCCUUAAAUUCCUUAAUGAUGCCUUAAGGACUGUUUGAUGCUGUUAGAAAAGAUGAUUUGUUUUAGAUGUUGACUUGUAUAAGACAGAGUAAAAAGUGACUGAUGUCUUGUGUAGCAUAGAACUUUGAUAUGCAGCAGCUAGUAUAGCUUUGUAUCUUGUAUUAUGCACGGGGAACUUGAGUAUGAGAUAGACCGGCUAUGUAUUCUGUUGGUGGAGAUUGCCUAUAAUGAACUUUCCCAUGUGUUACUUGAAAUAAAUCUACUGUUAUUAAAAGGAAAGAUAAAGACUUAUUUUACACAAGAAUUGAAGAUCUUUAUUUUAAAUAGCCAGAUAUGGAGCUUUAAAAUAAAAAUUAAAUGUAUGUUGUGUUGCAAUUAGUUUUACUAGUCGGUCUGUCUCUGGUUUUUGUUUCUAUUGAUUUUUAGUAUUAUAUACAGGUAUGCUAUUCAUACAAUACCGGUUUAUAUAAUGUCUGUUGUGUUAUGUAUUUUAAUUUUGCAUAAAUAUAUAUUUUUGUAUAGUUAAUACAGCUGCACUUUGUGUCGGGACAAAAUUAAAACUACAACUGUGCCUUUCAGGUGUUAUACCCAGAUAUAUUGUGUAUUACAAGUGUGCAUUUAAGAAGUCGUUUCGUAAUGAGCACAUUUAGAAAUAUUUAAUUCCUUUACUCAUCCUUCUGCUUGUAAAUAUAUUAAUUUGUUAACAAAUACUAAGCAGCAUCUUUAUAUAAAUUAGGAGUUUCUGUUCCUCUAAAAUUAGAAAUGCUAAAAUGCCCAUUAGUAAUAUUCUUGUUUAAUUAGCGAGUUUGGCAUGUGUAUAUGAUUAUUUAUCAUUCAUUUAUUUAUAUUGUUUUUGUACUUUACUAUCUAUUGAUUUUUUUAAACAUUCACUUUGUAUUUUAAACCACGAUCUCUCUAUUAAACUUUGUAGGCUGGGCUUAAAAUGUUUUCUGCUGUUAAAAGAUUUUUUAUUUUUAAUUGUUACCACCUGAUGUCUUUUAUAUGCCUUUUUGAGCUGUAUUCUAUGCUUCUGUCCUUCCCAGUUGUGUUCGUUAUCCUCUAGAUCACAUGUCUUUCAUGCAGCUAAGUGAAAAUGGAAUUUCUUAUUUAAAUACAUCAGGAAAACAUUUUAUCAUUUCUUAUUUAUUUUGGUUUAUGAUGUUUUGUGUAUCUUGGAUACACAAAAACUAUAUCUUUUUGGUAGAACUUUUCUUUCUUCUCUCUUUCUCCGUUCUUCCUCCCCCCUGGAAAUGGGGAGAUAACUAACUUUUUUUAGAGAUUUACAUUCAAGUGUCCUAACAGUUUUACAAUCUAUUUCCUAUGUAUUUUUCAUCGUUGAUAAAUUAUUUAUUCCUUGUUCACUGAAUGGGACCAUGUAACUUCCUCACAUAUGUGUGAAACUUUGUACCUCUAGUAAAAUGGCUUUUUUUCCCUACAAGUAUUAUAGUUUGAUUUGUAUUUGUCUGCUUCUUUAUAUUAUUGUAGGAAAAAAUUUUGCUUCUACCUGUUCAUUUUAAUAUUUUAUUCCACAUUUGAAACAUUCCAGGCAGUUUCAUAAAAACUACAUAAAUAAGUAGUUUAUUUUUUAAAGUUUUGUGUCUCAGUACUUUUCUUAAUUGUCUCGUACGUAAUUUAUUACUAUAAAUUUGAUCUUAAUUUAAAAUUUCUGUUUUUUUUUUUAAUUAAAACGGGUCAAGGUUAUAUGUUUAAACAAAAGGACCUUUUUUUUAAUGUGGUGCAUGCUAUAUGGUACAGUUCCUUGAUUAGUUACUGUGCUCUGUUGAACUGUGAGCACCAGAUGGUUUUUGGUAUGUAUAAGAAUAAUUUUCUAUUUGUGUGUGUUUUAUUCCUUCCUAUUACUCAUUUGUAAUAUAUGAAAUGAAAAGUUUUGAUAACUUAAUAAUGUUAAUGUAAUUUUUUAGAACAAGAGUAUAUUAGAUUAACAUAAGUUAUUAAUGAAAAUUGAGUGAAAUAGAGAAGAUUAAAAAAUGUGUUUAAUUUCAUUGAAAUAGUUUUGAUUCCUAUUUAAUUUUUCCUUCCUGUGUAAGCAUAUUCACUACUUCACAUGCUAGCAAACAUUGAUGUUAUUUUUUUAGGGAGUGAGUCCCUGCUACUUCCUCCCUUUCCAUAAGUUACUUAUGAAAACAUUAUCAGUUUUUCCAGCUGACAAGAUGUUAUCUGUAUAGCAAUUUUAGGUAUGGGAACCUUAAUUUUUCAUGAACUGAAAAAAAUUAGCUGAUGAAGAAUCAAAAGAAUAGGGUGGAACUUGGAUCAAACUCGUUCACAGUUCUUCAGUACAUGAGGUUUGCUUUGACCAUGAAAUAUUAGGAGCAAACAAAUUAUUUUCUAUUUUGAAUAGUUAGCUUUUACUGGUGUGGAGAGGGGAUUAAUUAACUAGAUGGGGGUGUUAAUUGUUUCUGUGAAAUUAAAUUGAUUGUGGGCCCAUGUUUAUUUGUCUAAGAGAAAAUAUAUCAAGCCAGUGUUAAUGUUUCUUUCUUCUGUGAUUUUCUAUAGAGUAAAAUAUUCGAGUGCAGAGAAUUUAAAAGAUUGCAUGUCUUGAAUGAUUUACCAUAUGCUCAUGUUUUUGGUUUAAAAAAAAUGACUGAAAUAAGGUAUGCUUUCAGAUAACAGGUUUUGCUCAUGUGUAGUUUAUAUGUAGAUAUAUUAAUUUUUUUUUAUAUAAGGCACAUAAUGAAAAUACACAAAACUCAAAAAUUUUUUGUAGACCCAUAAAAAUCUGUGUGAGAAUUUAUUUUUAUGUGCAAGUAGUCAGGCAAGCCAAAAAAUAUCAGAUAAACAUUUAAACAUAACCAUAGAUUCAAAUUUCUGUUUGUCAAAAUGUUGUAUUCAAAAUAUUUUAUAUCUGACAAAGUAAAAUUUUAUACAACCCGCUAAAAACAUGACUUUUCAGAUGCAUAACAGUAAUUUGAAUCAUAUAAUGCUAAUAGUUUUAUCCGGGCAAUUUUUGAAUAUCAUGAACUAGAUUCUGUUGGGGCUAAUUUUGAAUAUUGUAAAGUAGAUGCUAUCGGGGCUAAUUUUGAAUAUUAUGAACUAGAUUCCCUCCCCCCCCCCAAAGAGAUAAGG